CCACCGACUGCUUCACCCAACGGACGCUCAACCGCCAGCACGAUUGUGCACAACUCAUCCACGAGAUCCCGUGCGCUCGCCCCGCCGCUAUACCCGAUGGUUGGCGGCGUGUCCGAUCUCGCGUCGGCGCUGGAGCGGAAGACCUCGCUCGAUUCGCUCUUCGGGAGUGACUCAAGCCGCUCGCGCAGAUCCUCACUCACCGGAUCAUGCUGCAGUCGCUCCCACAGGUCCUCGCUGAUCGGAUCGUGCUCGACACGGCGCAAGCGCUCCUCCUUGGUCCAGAUUGGCACAGGCCACGCCCAACUCACUGGGCCGAGACGGCGCUCGUGCUGCGACCUGGCCUCGCUCUCCAGGAGCCGCGCGAGCGAGGUGGACGGCUCGUUGCGCUCGCUGGUGGCAAGAGAGGUGGACGGCUCGGUGCUCUCGCGCGUGACGAGCCUGGGCGCUGGCCAGUUUGGGUGCGUCUCGCUCGUCACGGAUGGGCGCGGGACGCCGUACGCCUUGAAGGCGCUGUGGAAGGGGCAGCUCCUCGCGUCGGACGGCGUCGGGGCCGUCGUACGCGAGCGCGACCUCCUCGCCUCCGUGAGCCACCCCGCAGUCGUCCAGCUCGCCGCGUCCUUCCAAGACGCGCGGCGCGUGUUCCUGCUGCUCGAGCCGGCCCUCGGCGGCGAGCUCUUUGCGCUGAUCCACAUGCUCGGGCGCUUCGACGAGCACCACGCCCGCUUCUACGCCGCGAGCGUCGCCGACGUGCUCGGCCACCUGCACGACGAGUGCGGCAUCGUGUACCGCGACCUCAAGCCGGAGAACCUGCUUCUUGACGGCACGGGCCACAUCAAGCUUUGCGAUUUUGGCCUCGCCAAGCGGCUGCGCGCAGGCUGCGGCUGCGUGCGCGCAGACGAGCGCACCACCACCAUCUGCGGCACGCCCGAGUACCUCGCUCCAGAGAUGGUGAGGGGCGAGGCGUACGGAGUUGCGGUCGACUGGUGGGCGCUCGGGCUGCUGCUGUUCGAGAUGCUCUCCGGGGUGCCGGCCUACCGCGCCGACAGCGACAAGGAGGUGUACGCAAAGGUGCUGCACUCCGACCCCGCGCUGCUCGUCGUUGUGGAGCCUCCGACGGCGGCGGCGCUCAUCGGCGCGCUGCUCCAGAAGCUGCCCGAGAAGCGUCUCGUGGGGCGUGAGGCCGUCGGCGCGGCGCCCUUUUUCGACGGCUUCGACUGGGAGGCGCUGCGCGGUCGGCGGAUGCGGCCGCCGUACGUCCCUCGCUUGGCGCAUGCCACCGACACGUCCAACGUCAUCCAAGUCGACAAAUACGCGCGCUGCUCGUCGGAGGCGGACGGGGCCCUGUGGGACCGCCACCUCUCGACGGCGCUGCUCAAGGCGCGGGAGGACCCCUUCCGCGCCUUCCCCUGCGACGUCUGGAGCAUCGACAACAACGUCUGACGAGCCUUCAGUCGGCACUGGCAGCCUCCGCGCCGCCCCUGUGUUUAAUGGCAUAGCGCUCCUCACCGAGUGCCCCGCGCAGGCACCGACACCGAUGCAGGUUGCCGGGGCGCGCUCUCUUUAGUUUAUAGCAUAGAGUGCAGAGUUACGCGGAUACACACCGCUGUGAGAAGGCUGUUGCUCUUGGUGUGUCGAAUGCUUGUGUUGUGCGCAACCGUGGCCAGGUUUGCACGCCACGGACACUUCUUUUCCACUCUGCACCGUGGGGCUCCUGCCCGUGUCCGGGCGUGGAGAUGCGAGGGUCGCCCCCCCUUGCCCCACCACACUUUGUGUGUGUGGCGAGACGUUUACCUUACCUCACCUUACCUU